GCGGGGUUAUGGUGUGCUCAUAUCACCACCGUCUUGAGUGCCCCGCCAUCGGAGCUUGACUUUAUUCUUUCACAAGCUUCGUCAACAGUUUCUCAGUGCAACAGCAACAAUGGCCGCUCCCAAACAAGUUUUCAUUGGAAUUAUCGGCGCCGGAGGUGUCGGCAAGGCCUUCAUCGACCAGCUCCAAUCCCUCGCUGCUCGGAAGCCAGCACCGAAGCUGAACCUCGCAUACAUUGCCACGAGCCGCAAAGCCCUCUUCAACGACGACUACUCUCCCCUUAAUAUCGGCAACGUCGUCGACACACUUGGCUCCUCUACCAAGGCCCCUCUCGCCCUCCCUCAGGUCGUCGAGUACCUGGCCAAGGCCCCCGCCAAGAGCGUUCUUGUCGACAACACCAGCUCUCAGGAUGUUGCGGAACUUUACCCUCUUGCCUUGAGCCGAGGCAUCAGCAUCGUUACACCCAACAAGAAGGCCUUCUCAGGCUCAUACAAGUUGUGGCAGGACAUCUUCUCAGCUGCCGAGUCCUCUGGAGCCCGUGUCUACCAUGAGUCUUCCGUCGGUGCUGGUCUCCCCGUUAUUUCCACUCUGAAGGACCUGGUUGAGACUGGUGACAAGAUCACCAAGAUCGAGGGUGUCUUCAGCGGCACCAUGUCCUUCCUAUUCAACUCUUUUGCUCCUACCGAGGGCCAGGGUGGCAAGUGGUCUGAGGAGGUCAAGAAGGCCAAGUCAUUGGGAUACACUGAACCUGACCCCCGAGACGAUCUCAACGGCCUCGAUGUCGCUCGCAAGCUGACCAUCCUUGCUCGUCUGGCUGGCAUCCCCGUUGAGUCCCCCACUUCUUUCCCCGUGCAAAGCCUCAUUCCCAAGGAGCUGGAGUCUGUUUCCAGCGGCGAUGAGUUCCUUGAGAAGCUCCCUGCCUUUGACUCUCAGAUGGAGGAGACAAAGGCUGCUGCUGAGAAGGCUGGCAAGGUUGUCCGAUUUGUUGGUAGCAUUGAUGCUGCUUCCAAGCAGGUCAAGGUUGGUCUGGAGCAAUUCGACCGCUCGCACCCUAUUGCUGCUCUUAAGGGUAGUGAUAACAUCAUCAGCUUCUACACCGAGAGAUAUGGAAGCAACCCUCUGAUUGUCCAGGGUGCCGGUGCUGGAGGUGAUGUGACCGCCAUGGGAGUGACAGCUGAUUUGAUCAAGGUCCUGUCGCAGAUUGCAUAAAAGUCCAUAUUGAAUAGCCAAAUUAAAAGUAUCAAGUUUGAAGCCCCAAUGAGAAUUCACGUAUUUCCAGU